CCCCGUAAAGGCAUAGACAGCAAAAGAAAUUGUGUGUCGAGCAAAACAAGAGGCCUUCAACUGCACAUACGCUCGCCAGAAUGUGUCAUCUCCAUAUCGUGCUGGUAACGGCUCUGGUGGGAAAGGCAGCCAUCGGGUUCUCCUUGAUGUCUUUACUCGCAGACCCGGACCCAGACUGGACCCCUGACUACUAUGAGAGUAGCUACGAGUAUUACAACCAUGAAGAGAACAGCAGCGAUACUCUUGCCUACCAGGAGAAUCCCGACUGGUACUACACGGAGGAAGAUCCGUGCCUGGACAACCCCUGCAAACGCAAUGGGGACUGCCUUGUCAGUGGGGACACCUUCACGUGCAGCUGUCCAGCCCCUUUCUCUGGACACAGGUGUCAGAAUGUGCAAAACACGUGCAAAAACAAACCGUGUGGCCGGGGCGAAUGUCUCAUUACCCAGAGUCCUCCCUACUACCGCUGCGCCUGCAAACACCCUUACAGUGGCUCAGACUGCUCUACAGCGGUUCCUGCGUGCCGGCCGAAUCCCUGCCAAAAUGGUGGCAUCUGCUCCCGGCAUAAGCGGAGAACCAAGUUCGUCUGUACCUGCCCCGAACAGUUCAAGGGGAAAUUCUGUGAAAUAGGUCCUGACGACUGCUAUGUUGGUGACGGCUACUCUUACCGAGGGAAAGUGAGUAAGACAGUCAACCAGCACUCCUGCCUUUACUGGAACUCCCACCUCCUCUUGCACGAGAAUUACAACAUGUUUAUGGAAGAUGCUGAUACCCAUGGGAUCGGGGAGCACAACUUCUGCCGAAACCCAGAUGGAGAUGAAAAGCCCUGGUGUUUCAUUAAAAUAAACAAUGCAAAGGUGAAAUGGGAGUACUGUGACAUCCCAGCUUGCUCAGCCCUAGACAUUGCUGACCCAGAGGGAAGCCCCACAGAGCCUCUGACCAAGCUCCCAGGGUUUGACUCAUGCGGGAAGACUGAGAUGGGGAAGGUCAAGAGGAUCUACGGAGGCUUCAAGAGCACAGCGGGCAAGCACCCAUGGCAGGCAUCCCUGCAGACCUCAUUGCCAUUGACUGCCUCCAUGCCCCAGGGCCACUUCUGUGGGGGCUCACUGAUCCACCCCUGCUGGGUGCUUACUGCUGCCCACUGCACUGACAUAAAAACCAAACAUCUGAAAGUGGUGUUAGGGGACCAGGACCUGAAGAAGACAGAAUUCCAUGAGCAGAGAUUCGGGGUGGAGAAGAUUUUCAAGUACAGCCACUAUAAUGAAAGAGACGAGAUUCCCCAUAAUGAUAUUGCUUUGCUCAAGCUAAAGCCGGUGGAUGGUCACUGUGCUCUGGAAUCCAAAUAUGUGAAGACUGUAUGUUUGCCCGAUGGUGCCUUCCCCUCUGGGACUGAGUGCCACAUCUCUGGCUGGGGUGUGACAGAAACAGGGGAAGGGUCCCGCCAGCUCCUGGAUGCCAAGGUCAAGCUGAUUGCCAGCACUUUGUGCAACUCCCACCGACUCUAUGACCACAUGAUCGACAACAGCAUGAUUUGUGCAGGAAACCUUCAGAAGCCUGGAAAAGACUCCUGCCAGGGUGACUCCGGAGGCCCUCUGACCUGUGAGAAGAAUGGCACCUACUAUGUCUAUGGGAUAGUGAGCUGGGGCCUGGAAUGUGGGAAGAAGCCAGGAGUCUACACCCUAGUGACCAAAUUCCUAAAUUGGAUCAAAGCCACCAUCCAAAGGGAGACUAGCUUCUAAGGUGUCUUCUUAACCUGAGAGCCCAUUCUCCUUAGCACCCAGACAAGGCACACCCUCAUGGGCAGCACGGACACCCUGGGCGUCCCUGGGAGGCCAUACAGCCAAGAGUCUGCGCCCUACACAGAGACAACGGCCGCCCAGCCUGGCGCAUCCUGGGCCAAGAUAUGCCAGAAGCAACGCAACCUGUAUUUUGUUUGCUUCCCUUCAAACGAUGGUACCUUCUAGAAAACCACAGACUGCCUUUACCUCGGACAUUUGCAAAUGUGGGAUUAAAGAAUGACCAGAGCCACUGGAAGUCACCUUUACGUCUUUAUUCCUCAUGUCAGACACCCAAAGUACACAGCAGAACGGGUCA